AUGUCAGACGCAGCUCGAUGGAAAGCCACUGUCUACGUAGGCGGACUAUCUCAGAUGGCAACUCAGAGUCAUGUCCUCGAUGCAUUCAUCCCAUUCGGGGAGAUAGUCGAGGUCAAAGUUCCAAAACCCGAUGCGCCAAACUCUACAGAGACACACAGAGGAUUCGCCUACGUCGAGUUCGAAGACGCAGCUGAUGCGAAGGAGGCUAUUGAUAACAUGGAUCAAUCGGAGUUUUUCGGAAAGGUCCUAAAGGUAUCACAGGCCAAGGCACCUAAAAGCGCAGAGGAUGGACUUGGUAGCAGAACAGCUAUUUGGGAGAAGGAAGGAUGGCUGGCCGAGCAUGCGGCAGAUGAUGAAGACGCAGUGCCAGGUGCCGGUCCUGACCCCAUGCAAGGAUUGGAACAACUCGACGUUGCAGGACCAAAACCUGAAUGA